AAUCAAACCACCAAGAUGGCGGCGGUGGCGGCGGAGGGGCGUAUGGCUGAGGAAGGAGGCGGCGGCCACAGCGAUGGCGGCUCCUCUUCGUCAGUGGACUCUACCCAGAGGCUGCCUCUUCAGCCCCCACCGCAGGCCCCGCAGCCGGGCUCCCAAGCGCCCCCCACCCCGGCGCUGGCUCCGGACCAGCUGCCGCAAAACAACACGCUGGUGGCGCUGCCCAUCGUAGCCAUCGAGAAUAUCCUCAGCUUUAUGUCUUACGACGAAAUUAGCCAGCUCCGCCUGGUUUGUAAAAGAAUGGAUUUGGUCUGCCAGAGAAUGUUGAAUCAGGGAUUUCUUAAAGUGGAGAGAUACCAUAAUUUAUGUCAGAAACAAGUUAAAGCACAACUCCCAAGGAGAGAGUCAGAAAGGAGAAACCAUUCAUUAGCUCGUCAUGCAGACAUUCUCGCUGCUGUUGAAACAAGGCUGUCACUGUUAAACAUGACUUUUAUGAAGUAUGUGGAUUCCAAUCUCUGUUGCUUCAUCCCAGGAAAGGUAAUUGAUGAGAUUUAUCGUGUGUUGAGAUAUGUCAAUUCUACCAGAGCCCCUCAACGAGCUCAUGAAGUACUUCAAGAGUUAAGGGAUAUUUCCUCUAUGGCAAUGGAGUACUUUGAUGAAAAGAUUGUUCCAGUUCUGAAGAGGAAGUUACCAGGAUCAGAUGUAUCUGGAAGACUCAUGGGCUCUCCUCCAGUUCCAGGACCUUCUGCAGCUCUAACAACAAUGCAGCUCUUCUCCAAGCAGAACCCUUCAAGACAAGAGGUUACCAAACUCCAGCAGCAGGUUAAGACAAAUGGUGCUGGUGUGACUGUUCUCAGGCGUGAAAUUUCUGAGCUUCGCACCAAAGUGCAAGAACAGCAGAAGCAGCUUCAAGACCAGGACCAGAAACUGCUAGAGCAGACCCAGAUCAUAGGUGAGCAGAAUGCACGCUUGGCAGAGCUGGAACGCAAACUACGAGAAGUAAUGGAAAGCGCAGUAGGAAACUCCUCAGGGUCUGGGCAGAAUGAAGAGUCUCCUCGGAAGCGGAAAAAGGCAGCAGAAGCCAUAGACUCUCUUAGGAAAUCUAAACGUCUCCGGGACAGAAAGUAAAUUGGAACGUGGUUCAAGCUCCAGAGGAAGACAUCUUAGUAGCUUCAGCAGUUACGCAUAUCAGGAUACUGUGAGCAACCUGGUGUCCCUUAGGCUCCGAGACUUUCAGAACACAACUUAAACUUGAACUCUCAUGGUUGGGACAUUCUUUCCCUGCUUUCCUGGUUGAACUGAUGCACAGACCUUUUACUUUGCAAUAGAUUUAUACUAACCAGACCUGUCCUAUCAUGUUCUGAGGAGUUAACUUUUUUUCUGUGCAGAUAAUGUUUAAAGUAAGUUUGUUUCUGCAUAUAUGCACAUUACAUAAGGAAAUUAAAGCAGUCUUGACAGACUAGAAGUUAAGGUUAAUACAGAAAAUGUCCUGUUCACUUGAAAGAAAAGACCUACUUUUUAAAUGGACAGUAUCUUGUUUUUUAAAGAAAAAAGUUGGCUUUUUGUUAUAAGUGACCUUUGUCUGGAACGUCUGAAGAGUAGUAAAUGCUUUUUGGUAUUGAAGUAAUGGUAACUAAAACGGACUUUCAUAGUAUUGACUGUAGAAGGGCCUCUACAGUGUUGACUAUAUAUUUUUAUAAACUACUGGCAAGGGACUUAACCCAGUUGUUACAUACAUUUUCAGUUCUCUUCUGGAGCCAUGUCCUACAUUUGCAUGAAUAGAUGCAUGCAUUGCCUAGUCUGUCACUUAAAGGCUCUUGCACUGGUAUUGACCUUGAACCUCUGUACUUCUCCACUUUUAGAGCAGUGUCGUAGUUUAAGUGCUUAACAUCUUCACCACAACAGCUUGCCUCGGGUGUGUGGAAGGGAUUUGUUAGUCCAUUUGUCCUCCAGUUUCACAGGAAUGAGAGAAUAUUAAAGCCUGUUGAUUUAUCUGUUCUCUGCAGGGUUCAGGUACACUGGCUAAGUCGGAACCCCAAAUUCCAAGGCUCUUUGAAUCAGUAUUGGACCUCUGAUAACUAGUACUAUUCCUUAGUACCAUGUGCUCACUGAUCAAAUGUGGUGAUUACCAGUGGCAACACAGUUUUGUCAUUGAAAGAAAUCUCUUUGGAGAAAUUUGUACGAUAAAAGCAUUGUGAUCAUUGUCUUUCUGGGGGGGUGACCUGAGGGAAGCUUUUUAAUAUUAACUUCAAGCUUUCCUUAUCCUGCAACCUUAAACAAAAGCUUUAAUUUUAUUUGCACUCUUGUGCUUGUAACUGGAAAUGCAUGUCUUGCACUGUUCAGCCUUCUAAGUGGUCACUUCAACAACAAAUUAUACACAGUGGUUAUUUUCCCAUUGUAUAUGUUUGAGACACUCAACUGAUACUGCCUUAGUUUUAUUUUAAUGUACUAAAUUAUGUAGUUAUUAUUUGUUAAAUUAUCUUAAACUGUUGCCUUGGGCUACAGUUACUCAAAUUUAGGUGUAAUUAGAAAACUAUCCCUUUCCAGGUAGGAGUUUAACACCUAUAUGAAAUCUAAGGUUUUGGUAAGUACCUUAGUUAAAAGCACAAGGUUACCACCUUUUUUGUCCAUUCAACAUGACAUGGUUAUGCAUCUCUAGGUUAACCUCACCAAAUGGAACUUUUUCUUACCCAUUUUUAAUAUUGUCCUUAGAUUUUGAGCAAUUCUAUGUCUAACUUUGAAACUCCAUUUACAAUGUGUAGUAUGUUUUCAAUGAAAAAACCAUAAAAUAAUAUCCAAGUGUUUCAUGGUUUGUUGGGAAGGUAAUUUUAAAAUAAACAAUUUCCAAAAACAUUUGUCAGCCAAGGUCAUCCAUAAAAGUCCCCGUCUGGAACUCAUUUUCUCAGCAGGUCUCAUUUUUAUAACCAUAGGAAUUAGCCAUGUUGUCAUAAUUCUGGAGGAGGCCUACUGAAAUACUCAUGGCCUUCAAUAGCCUGCUUUCCUGGUAAUAGGAAGACUUUUUUCAGUACCAGAAAUACAUUUUUCCUGGUUUACAAAGUAUGAUCCUUAUGCAUCAAAGGGAUAUAUAUAACCUCAGAUGAUUUCUUUAGCAGUUGUUAAUUAAAGUUCCCUGGGUUUCUUUUUAAACUGCAUCUAGAUACCCUAAACAUACCUGUAGUCUUCCAUUAGUUAAUAUAUUUGGCUGUCAAAAUAAGCAUUCAUACUAUUAGAAAGUAGAUUCCUUGUUUUAAAAUCCAGAUUUCUACAGUACACCUGUCAUCUCCUGUCUGUAAGAGUGUGGGGUUGUAUCUGUUACUGCAUGAAUGUUGCAUAACAGGAGGACAGUAAGCUCUAUGGUUCAGUGUUUUUUAAGUCUUCAAUCUCAUUUAGACUAUCUGGCUAAAACAUGUUAGGAUAUACUGCCUUGACCAGUUGAUAGCUGUUAAACUUGCUUUUGGAUAGCAUAAUGGUAUUUAAGGUUCAACAAAUCACAAGUUAUUUUGAUCAGCUACAAUUGAUAUAUGCUAGAGGAAAACUGUAGAUAAGGUACCUGAGAGAACCAUCCUGCCCUGAAUUAUAUAUAGUCAGUGAUUUAAAUGCUGUGUAUUAAUACUGUUGUUCUAGAACAACCUUUCAUAAAAUAUUCUUGUCCUCUUCCUUGGCUGUUUUUCAAGGAGGCCUCUAUGUAAUGGGCCAUUCCCACUGGUACAACACUACAGACAAACAUAGAAUGUGAAAAGGCCAGGUAAGAAAUGGGAAGGACUGCCCCCCUACCCCUCAGGCCAACAGGGCCCUCUGCUUAUCUCCCACAGGGACCUGGCUUGGUUUCCACAGACUCUGAAAUAUGAAUUAUUUCAGAACAUGAGGUUAUGGAACCUGUUGUUUUCCAACCUCAUCUUGUACAGAGCCUGAAGUUAAUGGGAUGAACACAAAUGUGUUUACAGUAAUCAUACUGUUUUAAAAACUAUUGGGGUACCAUCAGGUCUAAAGCCACUGGUUUUGGAAACAACUUUUUUUUGUAGAAAUGUGUUUUUUGGAGUACUGAACUUUACAGGGGCUUGCCUUAAUCUCUAUUUGUAGUUUCAAGAUAUAUGUGAUAUUAUUCUACUUGUUAAAAUGUUAAAAUAUUCUAUGUAGCCCCAAAGGUGGGUAAAACAGUAUAAGUAAUGCCUAGAUAAAUAAGCUAAAAGGUGUCACUACAGCGGAUUUUUUAGAGAAAAUGGACAUAUGAACAUAGGCUAUGUGUAAUAAAAAUAAUGGCACCUUAAGAUUGCACUAUUUUAUAUGCCAUUUCAUAGCCUGCACUUUAAUCUCCAAAGAAACAAUGUAUGAUGUCCCAGUUGUUCCUUAUUAUUAAUGAACUUUUUCCUAAGACAGGGCACUUAAUUCUAUUUUGCUAUACAGAAUUAGUUUCUUGGAGGUGGAUUCAUUUUUUGAGCUCUCUUAUUUCCUUAGCCAUAAUAUUUGUAGGAUCUAGGAACUCCCUAUCUUGUCUGUUUCCAAUAGUAUAUAAUUUUAAUUUAAUGUAAUAUAAAAUCUCAUACCCGGUGAUCAGCACAUUCGUAUAUCCUGCUCUAGGAAUGAGUACCCAUUUGUUAACACUUAUCAAACCCUCUAAAAACAACAUGCUGUAAAUAAGAUUUGAAGCCAGGAAUAAAAGGCAUUCUGAAAGGAAAUGUAUAAUGCAGUCUCUUGAAUGACUGUUUCUAAUAUAAAAUCCAAUUUGAUACACCAUCCAAUUCUUUAACUUGGGAUCUAUCAGAAGUCCUUUAGUCCACAAAAAUAAAACUACUUAAUAACAAACUUCUAUAACCUUCCAUCUGAGGUGAUCUUUCAAAAAAUACUAAUUUACAAAAGGGAAAACCAAUUGACUGCUGCCUGCCAUAAUUUUACUUUUAAGAGCAAUAUUUAUACUUGUGAUAAACAUGAUAGGCUUAAGUAAUGUUGGCCUUUUCCAGCUUCCUAAACAUCUUUGUUAACAAAUUCUGAAAUUCCAAAGUUAAAUACAAAUUUUUCUCAGUCUGAAGAGAGAACCAUGGGAUUUGGAAACAUUGGUAAUCUGUUAGGUCCACUGCCAAAGUAUACUGGUCCAUACUCAAGCUAUAGCAAAAGUUUAGAGGUGUUCAUACUCCUUUAUGUGGUACCAUGUCUGUUUACUUAUGCUCAUGAGCAUCAAUAAACCAACUUACCUUCUGGAAUUUCAACUGUUAUAACCUAAUUCAAUUAUUGGAAAGUGGGAAACAGCUCCUGGUCACAAAACGGGAUGGGAAUAAAUGUAUUGUUACCAGU